UCUAGGUGUAUCUUGAUUAAGGAGACAGCUCAGCAAUGGUGGGGAGUGCAAUUUGUAAAUCCCGAAGCGAUGCGUGAUGAUGAAGGUAAUAAAGAGUAAAAGAGUAGUGGGAGUAGAGAGUCAUUAGAACUUGCAGAGAUGAGUUACAGUGGAAUCCCAACGUUUAGUGUGCCAGGUCAGGUAAACACAUGCAUAUAUAAUGCUACCUACACAGCCCUAGUCCAGAUCUACCCUCCUUUGCCAUCUGUUAUCUGACUAAGCAACUACCUACGUGUAGAAUUCAGCAGUUACUACAAAUCUUUAAAGCCCUGACUAGGUAAUAUCCUUCCCCAGGUGGUCUUGUGCCAGUGAUUACAUCACCGGCAGGCAGCUGUCAGUGGUGUGGGUAUAUGAAGAUUUUGGGGUGAAAAUGGGGAAACCCGAGGACAGGCACGCAUCCAUAUGUUUCAGGAUGAAAUGCUAAAAUUGGCAAAUCGGUCAGAGUUUCUUGAAAUUUCCAUUAAUAUGAAGGGAAAUCCUAAAGAGGAGCUUGAGAAACUUGUGUGGGACCAAAUGAAUAUGAGCUCCAAGAACUCGGGGAUCGGGUCCAGGAUCAGGAAGCUGAUGGGCUCACUCUUGGUAUUCAUCUGUAUAGCUUACAUAGUGUGUUCUCUUCAUCUUCUCAUGAAUACUCAAUCUUGCUGGCAGUCAAUUAGCUGCACAAUGGACUGUGGGAAACCAAAGGAGCUGACCUUGGCAGCAUUGAAUGUAUCUGUGAAGGAUUCAGGUUCUGACACCAAGAAAAUGGCGGUUACAAACAUUGCUGUUGCUUCAGAGAAAAUUAGCAGCAUUGCAACUGAUUUGAAGCAUAUAGUAUUUGGAAUAGCUGCUUCUGCUAGCUUAUGGGAGACAAGAAAGGAGUACAUAAAACUAUGGUGGAGGCCCGACGAAAUGAGGGGUUUUGUAUGGCUGGACAAGGAGGUCAAACCCCAAAGGAACAAGAAGGAAGUCUUGGCUCUGCCUCCUCUCAAAAUUUCUACCGAUACAUCUCACUUCAAGUAUACUAACAAGCAAGGCCAUCAUUCUGCUAUUAGGAUAUCUCGCAUUGUCUCUGAAACUUUCAGGUUGGGCCUGCCUGAUGUACAUUGGUUUGUUAUGGGAGAUGACGAUACAGUGUUUGUCACUGAGAACCUGGUUAGGGUUCUCUCACAAUAUGACCACAGACAGAUGUACUACAUUGGAAGUCUUUCUGAAAGCCAUUUGCAGAAUAUAUUUUUUUCAUAUGGCAUGGCUUAUGGAGGAGGUGGGUUUGCCAUCAGUUUUCCACUGGCCAAAGCAUUGGAAUCAAUGCAAGAUGACUGCAUUCAGAGGUAUCCAGGUCUGUAUGGAAGUGAUGACAGAAUGCAGGCUUGCAUGGCCGAGCUUGGUGUGCCCUUGACAAAGGAGCCUGGUUUUCAUCAGUACGAUGUAUAUGGGAAUCUGUUCGGAUUGCUUGCUGCACACCCUGUCAGACCCCUGGUGAGCCUUCACCACCUUGAUGUUGUGGAGCCCAUAUUUCCCAACCUCACCAGAGUAAAUGCAUUGCAACACCUCUUCAAGCCCAUUAAGUUGGAUCCUGCAGCAAUUCUGCAGCAAUCCAUAUGUUAUGAUGACGACAGGAAAUGGUCCAUUUCAGUCUCAUGGGGUUAUUCAGUACAGAUUUUUAGGGGCAUUUUUUCACCUAGAGAUCUAGAAAUGCCCUCUAGAACUUUCCUGAAUUGGUACAGAAGAGCUGACUUCACAGCCUAUUCAUUCAAUACCAGACCUGUAACUAGGCAUCCCUGUCAGAAACCCUUUGUUUUCUACUUGAAGAAUGUGAAGUAUGAUAGUCCUAAGAGAAGUGAUAUCAUAAGCAAUUACACCAAACUUGAGGUUGCUCCACCUGAAUGUAGAUGGAGGAUGGCUUCACCUGAGACCAUAGACUGGAUCAAGGUUGUGAAGAAACCUAAUACAUUUGUGGCAAAUAAGUCACCAAGAAGAAACUGUUGUAGAGUAAUAUCCUCAAAGAAAAGAGGCAUGGAAAUUGAAGUGGGUCAAUGCAGGGAGGGUGAGAUCAUUAGUUUACAAUCUUGAAAUUUUUAGCUGUUGCAAAAUUUCCAUCAGGUUUGUUGAGCAGAAGCCAUUCUGAUAGUAGAAAUUUCAGUGCAUUCAAGAAUAUGAAAGGCCAUUCCUUUCAGUAAACUUGACUUGAUACUUUGUUACAGACAUUGAGUUUGUUAGCUGAGCUUUCAGAGAUAUCCAUGAGUUAAAUGCUUGUUCGACAGAGAACAACAAAGUGCAGUGGAUUUGGGUGUGAAAGGCUUAGAAGCUAAAUAUGGAUGGAAGAAGCCCAGUAGCCAAACAUUAUCAUUUCCUCUUGUAUUUAUUGCAUUUUUUAAAUUUUUGCUUCUUUUGAUAAUGUUUGUUUUCUGGGCCAUUAUUCAAUCUGGUGGGUAUAUAUCCCUCUGUUCAAAUCACCAAUUCUAGUACAAUAUUCUUUGAAGGCAUGGUGUUUCAUCUCCUCACAAAUGUCAGAAGCUAUUUAUUGUUUUUGUUUAUUAUGGAAUAAGAUGUCAUUCUAUGACCAUUCUGCUUUGAGUUGA